ACGCAUGUUCAGUGAACACGUGCAAAGUGGAAGCGAAAAAUGGCUGACGCUGCCAAGGCAGCCGAGCUGAAAGACAAGGGUAAUAAAUUUCUCCAGGCUGGAGAUUUCACCAAAGCGAUCGAGUGCUACACCGAGGCGAUUCAACUUGACCCGUCAAAUCAUGUGUUGUACAGCAAUCGAUCGGCUGCCAACGCUAAGGAUCAAAAGUAUGAACAAGCCUUGAGCGACGCAGAAAAGUGUGUGGAACUGAAACCGGAUUGGGGAAAGGGUUACUCUAGGCUUGGUGCAGCUUAUUCCUUUCUGAAACGUUAUGAUGAGGCAGAAAAGGCAUACACCAAAGGACUUCAGCUGGACCCCGAAAAUGCACAACUGAAAAGUAGUUUAGAGGAAGCCAGGGCUAUGGCACAGCGCAAUAAUCCAAUGAUGAAUCCAUUCGCAAUACCUGACUUGUAUGUUCGUCUUGCGACUAAUCCCAAAACCAAAGCUUUCCUGGAUCAGCCUGACUACAGAACUAUUAUUGAGGUUCUUAGGCAAAACCCUCAGAUGCUUGGAACAUAUCUUCAGGACCCCAGAAUCAUGCAAACAGUAGCAAUAUUGCUUGGGAUUGAAUCUGAAGUGGCAGACAGUGAAGAGCCUGUGCCACCCCCAUCGUCAUCAGAAGAAAAACCAGCUAGUGAACCCAUGGAAACAGAUAAACCAGAACCUGAACCAGAAAUUGAUAUUUCAGUCAAAAAGUCUUUGGAGGAGAAGGAGUUGGGAAAUGCUGCAUACAAACGAAAAGACUUUGAAACAGCUCUGGAUCAUUAUGGAAAAGCUAUAAAACUUGAUCCCAAAAAUAUGAGCUUUCUCACCAACAGGGCAGCGGUCUAUUUUGAACAAGGGAGGUAUGAUGAGUGCAUUGAACAAUGUCACAAGGCAAUCGAAGUGGGAAGCGAUGGAAAAGUGGACUAUAAGUUGAUAGCUAAAGCUUUUGCCCGGAUAGGAAAUGCUUAUUCCAAGCAAAAAAAACUGAAAGAGGCUAUUGAAGCUUACAACAAGUCUUUAAUUGAGCACAGGUCUGCUGAUGUUUUAAAGAAGGUCCAGGAGGCAGAGAAGGCAAUGAAGGAACAGGAGAGACUAGCAUACAUUGAUCCACAGAAAGCUGAGGAAGAGAAAGAGAAAGGAAAUGUGUUAUUUAAAAAAGGGGAUUUUCCUGAGGCACUGAAAAAUUAUAAAGAGGCCAUCAAGAGAGACCCAAACAAUGCAAAACUCUACAGUAACAGAGCAGCCUGUUAUCAGAAAUUGGCUGCUUUCAACUUAGCUUUGGAGGACUGUGAUAUGUGCAUCAAGUUGGAUCCUUCAUUUGUUAAAGGAUACACAAGAAAAGGAGGUGUUCUUUAUGCACUGAAGAGAUUCAGAGAUGCACAGAAAACCUAUGAGAAAGCUUUGGAAUUGGAUCCUGGCAAUAAGGAAGCAACUGAAGGCAUAAGAGCAUGUAAUUUAGCAGUGAUGCAACAGCCUACAGACCCAGAGGAAAUAAGACAGCGAGCUAAUAAUGAUCCUGAAAUACAGGAAAUUCUCACUGAUCCAGCCAUGAAAAUUAUACUCGAUCAAAUGCAGGAGGAUCCCAAAGCUGCCCACGAGCAUCUCAAGAAUCCAGAGAUCCGCAGCCGAAUACAGAGGCUGUAUGAAGCAGGAAUCCUGAAGAUUCGCUGAUUAGUCUUUGUCAUUUUAGUGAUUCUGUGAAUAAAAGGGGAAGACCUGGCAAGGAUUGAUCCAGGACUAAGACUGCAUCUUUAACCCUUGUUUGUAACAUUCUGAAUCAAAGGAUCUUCCCUUAAGAAUGCUGCCAUAAAAUUACAAUUAUUAUUAAAGUCUGACCUUGGGUAACAAAAGUAGUCUGUUAAUGAUCUUGAUUGAUUUUUAUCAAUGAUCUGUUCCUGUUUAAUUCUAUUUACUAGAAAAUGUUUGUGGCUUGAUUUGAAUGAGGCUUGGAAAAUUUUGGGGUUAUUCUUUUAGAGAAAUAGGCGACCUGUAGCAAGACAUGAUUUUGUUCCUCAGUGCGAUCAAAGGAAAAUGAAAAAACAGUAACCAACACCCAACAGGCAUUAGCUGAUUAAAACCAGAUAGUAAAGCUAAACUACAGUUGCACUUUUUGAAAAAAAAAACAAAACGUACAAACAAACAAAACAAAAAAAUUGUAUUUUAUUUGUUGAUGGAACCACAGUUGCCAAAGUCGUGUAUUGUUGAUCACUUUGCUUGCUAAGAAAAACAGAUUUGUUUGUAGUGUUUUCAUCUGUAGUAGUAGUAGUAGUAGUAGUAGUAGUAGAGUGGUGCACAUUAAAGGUAUUUUACAAGGAA